AAUGAUCAACUACCUAAUGCAAAUGUAAAAUAAAAUUCUUUAGAUUGAAAAUUGUGCCUUGUUUUAAAUGUUUUUCUUUAAAAUUUUGGUUUAGUAUAUAAACCAAAUUACUAUCCAUAGCAGAGUAUAUUUGCAAAUCCCAUAAUACUAAUUUCUUACAUUUGACGCAGAUAAGGUCAUCCAUCAUUCUUUUUUUUUUUUUGGGGUGAAAUUAGCUAAAAUAGUUAUUUUUCAUAAAUUCUAAUAUUCUAUACUAAAAUAGCCUAUUUUGCAUUAAAGAGGUUACUAUAUAAACAAUAAAGAAGAAACUAUACGGAUAACAAAAAGACACUAUAUAAAUCAAAGCUAUUAUAGAAUAAAAGUCAUGAAAAAUGACUAUUUUUUUUUUAGCACAAACGCCUUGAUUUUUCCAGACAUGACGUGGUGCCAAUUUUAUAUUUUAUAUUUUUUUAAACUUUCCCACUUCCAAUUUUCCUAAUGUCCAAACAGCAACAGAAAGAGUUACAGAGAAAAGUAAAAGUCCAAACUCCAGGGCAAUCUUGGCGCAUAAGCUGUCAUCCCGCUGAUUCACGUGACUCAACUUUAACAACAGAAAAAUCCAAUCUACCCUGUUGCCCACGUGGCACUCUCCAGAUGAGCUGAGGGUACUAUCGUCAUUUCAAGAAAAGUAGAAAACCAUAGCCAAUAGAAUCAGAUCCCGCACAUUGGUGUAGCGAGCGCGCGAAGCACUGGAUUGUUACCUCCGUCCGUACUGCCACGGGAAGCUUCCGACUAGACGACGGGCUCAAGCGUGUUUCUUCGUGUUGAGAGAGAGAAACGAGAUCUCUCUCUCUCUCUCUGAAAGCUUCAGAGGGUGUAUUGCAAUUUACAGAGAGGGAGAGAGGUACAACUUGUUCAACUCUGGUUGGCGGGAAUUCGAAAUUCUAGAGAGAGAGAUGGGGGUGUCAGAGAAUACGAAGGGGCUGAUACUAGCGAUGGCGUCGAGCGCCUUCAUAGGCGCGAGCUUCAUCUUGAAGAAGAAGGGUCUCAAGCGCGCUGGAGCUGCCGGUACUCGAGCAGGAGUUGGUGGUUAUACUUACUUACUAGAGCCACUUUGGUGGGCGGGCAUGAUCACCAUGAUUGGUGGAGAGGUUGCCAAUUUUGUGGCUUAUGUAUAUGCUCCAGCAGUUCUUGUAACCCCACUUGGUGCACUGAGUAUAAUAGUCAGUGCUGUUUUGGCUCACUUCUUGUUGAAGGAACGAAUACAGAAAAUGGGUAUUGUGGGAUGUGUUACCUGCAUCGUGGGAUCAGUGGUAAUUGUGAUCCAUGCACCUCAAGAGCAUAUUCUAAAUUCUGUACAGGAAAUCUGGGUUCUGGCGACCCAACCAGCUUUUCUGGUUUACGUUGCUGCUACACUUUCCCUAGUGUUAACUUUGGUUUUGCAUUUUGAACCUCACUAUGGGCAAACAAAUAUACUAGUCUACUUGGGAAUCUGUUCCUUGAUGGGUUCACUUACGGUUGUAAGCAUAAAGGCCAUUGGAAUUGCAAUAAAGCUAACUCUUGAGGGAGUAAGUCAGAUAGCCUAUCCUCAGACUUGGUUUUUUCUGACUGUUGCAGUAAUCUGCGUAGUUACACAGUUGAAUUACCUCAACAAGGCUUUGGAUACAUUCAAUGCAGCAAUUGUUGCCCCAGUAUAUUAUGUGAUGUUCACAACUCUGACCAUUAUUGCUAGUGUAAUAAUGUUCAAGGAUUGGUCUGGUCAGGAUGUAAGCAGCAUAGCCUCUGAAAUAUGUGGAUUCAUCACUGUUCUGUCAGGAACUAUCAUACUCCAUGCAACCAAAAAUGAGGAAACAUCUACACAAGGAACUGUAACAUGGUACAUUAGAGAUUCAAUGAAGGGCUCUGAAGAUGAACGUUUGCUCACCUUACACAAUUCAGAUUAUCCUGAACCGUAACCCUGCAACAAUCAUCUUGGAGAAUGAAAUCCCCAGCAAUGAAGCUGCACUGCAACAAUCAUUUUGAGUAGGGGUGAGUCUUUGGGUAUCUAGCACAUUGCUCAUUACACCUUCCAAAUACCCGUUUACUCCUAUUCAUUUAAAAGAAAUUGGCCUCCCCUCCCCUCCCCCAGUUGGACAUUUCCAUGGCCUAAGACCAGCCAUAGCUAGUCUUUUUUUUUAUAUAAAUUCUUUCUUCUUUUUGGAUAUGAAAUGAUUUGGGAUAUAAUGAAAAAGUAAAUGAAUUUUUUUAGGGACAGGUUGCAGCAAUGUGUUGGGUGCCAUUAGCCUCACUUUGAGUAGUGUUUGUAGUGUUGGGUGCUCCCGGUUUCUUCUAGACAGACCUUGGGGCUUUUAGCAGAUUGCAAAAGUUACUUUUUAUGUGCCUUUCUUCACCAGCCAGCAGAUGCGACCCUCAACCGGAUGCUCAAAUUAAAUUGAAGUGCGAGGUGUGGCACCACUCUCAAUGCUAAGUUCUGAAUCACCCUCAGCUCGGGAAUGGUGCUGCAGUUCUGUAUCAAUACCAGUGCAUAGAGAUAUUUGUUGUGAUUUUGGCAAUGCUGAGUCUCUCCAUGGCUGCUGAUGGCAUCUGUACAUAUCGAUGCUCGGCUUCUCAUUCACUAGUUUUCGUGCAUGAUUCUUCUUGAUAUCUGAUUCAGUUUGAUUCUCUCUUUUUCUUUCUAGUUUGUAUAUAUUUUUUCUUAUAGAUGUCUUUCUAGUUUGUAUUAGUCCUUUUUUCCUUGGUUAAGAAAAUCUACAGUUCAUAUUGGGAUUGAUAGAUCAUAGAACACACAGCUGAGAGGUAUAUUUGCCAAUUAAUGGGCAAAUACUGCUUGGGAAUUGUAUAUCUUGUAUUUAACUCUUGAGUUUUUGCUUUUGCUGUCAAUGAAUUCGGUUGGUAUAAUGGCAAAUAAACUGUACACUUUAUUACACAGUAAACCAUAAAUUAUAUGAUUCAUAGAA